AUGCCGGCCCUCAAAUCCCAAAGCAAUCGACCUGGUCAGCAGUCUGCCUUUCCAAAUGACUUUACCAACAAAACCACUUUUGAGAAUGACCGCCGCCGGCGAGAAGCCAUCGCCGCCGCCAAACUCCAUGACGCUCAGGCCGCUGAAGCUCUGGAGCGUGAACGCCGCGAAAAGGAAGAAGCUGCUGCCCUCAAGAUCAACGAACUCGAGCAGAAGAAAUUAGAGCUCGAACAACAGAAGGCCGAGGUCGAGCGACAGAAAUUAGAAAUCGAACGAACGCGCGACGACUGGAUCCAGAAGUUCAAUACCACCAGCGCAGCAUCCGACGAACGAAUUCGUCAACUUACGCGUGAUCUGGAAGACCAACGAAACCAAAAGGACGCUCAGAUCCAUCAGUUGAAUGAGGAUAGGAGGAACCUUGACUAUAAGGUCAUUGACGAGCUGCCAAAUGAGGACGUCCAGAUUUUUGCUGUCACGUACGGCAGUCGGAUCUACUAUGACUCUGGGACACAGGAUUUCAAGAACAUGGUGCCGCAUUUCAAGGACUAUGCCAGAUCAGGACAUACUUUUCGCGUUUGCAAUGAACUGUUGAAUGAUGACCCUAAUCCGAAUCAUUUCAAGUCUUUGAUCAUUGUGUAUCGAUACAAUCGACCGGGAACCCAUCGGAGGAUUCGAACUUUGACAGGCUGGGAAGGUCAUGAUGCCACAUUCGAUUCCUGGUAG